ACCUCUUCCAGGCUAAUCACCCGGGCUGGACCCAACUGACUGUCUGUCUGUCUGUCAGUCUGUGUCAGGUCAAUGGGAGUGUUUUGUUGGUUUUUGUGAUUUUGGAACUUGGACUGAAAAUUCGGGAUGCCGAGGCGCCGGCCGCCGCCGAGGCCGAAGUUGACGUUCAGCGAGGAAGAGCUCGACGAUGAAGAUUCACGGGAGAAGCCACAACAACGUAACGCCGCCAACGCCCGCGAGAGAGCGCGCAUGCGAGUCCUGAGCAGGGCGUUCUGCCGGCUGAAAACCACUCUACCCUGGGUACCACCGGACACCAAGUUGUCUAAGUUGGACACCCUGAGACUCGCCACUUCCUACAUCGCUCACCUGAGAGCCGUCCUCUGCCUGGAUGACGAGUCAGACGAGGAUCACGCCAAAAACACAAUACAUCCUCUCAACCUGACGUGGCCCUUCAGCUUCCAGCAAGGCCUGAAUGCAGGAAACCCAUCGCCCAGGUCUCCCUGGGAGUUGUCGCCGCCCCCCGAACGACCGAGGGGAGGUCCUGACCCCCCUAGCCCCCUCGAGGAAUCUCCCACCUUAAACACCCCUGCUCACUACCAUCUGGGGUACCCCCAGGCGUACUCCGACGCCCUUCUUCAGCUGGGAUAGCGCCCUAUCUCGUCUGUGUUUCUCGCUACACGUAUACGGUGCUAUAGUCCCCUCUACCAGCCAUUCAGAAAGUAUACGAGAGUUAUAAAUACCGUGCAAUAUUAUUUUGUAUAAGGACUAAACUAGAUAGGUUAGUUGUAUGGUUCUUGAAUUUUAUUUACCGUACGGAAUAAUAUUGUGUACGGACUAUUAUAGUAUACAAUGUGUUGCUUGCUGUCAGGUGAAAAUAGAUUGUUUUAAUACAAUAUUACUUUACGGUGAAAUAAGACUGUCAGAUGUUUAGUGAGGCUAUGCUAGUUAGAUAAGUAUUAGAUCAGAGAUAGAUACUCCUCCUAGUGAACAUGGACUGGCUUCCUUUACCUACUACCUUUUUGGAUCUACAAUACCCCGAUAUUAGCCUACAUGAAUAGUUUAAUUUUUUUAAGUGGUCAAAUUAAUUAUUAAAACAUUUUAAAAUGUGAUCCAGAUGUUUCGAUCAUUAAUAUAUAUAUGUGUCUUGAUCUUCGAGGUCUGGUAAUUUAAAUUAUCUGGGUAUUAUUAUCAGGUAUUGAAACAUUAACAAAUCGUGAUUAUUAUGAAUAAUUAUUGAUAAGAGUAGAAGCUUUAAAACUGUUGUUAUCAUAUUUUGUACUAAGACAAUCCUUAUUUUGAGGCAAUUGACAUUUUUAGCGUGAAUAUGACUCAAUUGAGGCAACAACGUUACCUGGCUGCCCAAAUAAAUGUAAGUUCUCUCUCUGAGGGAGAGAACUUACAGGUCAAAUAAAUUAUAAAUUAACUGCAGUAAAAACCAAAUAAUUUUUUUUAUUUUAAAAUUUAUUUCAAACACAAAUACAUUCGAGUUAUUUAAUUAAAAAUUAAGCUCCCUCUCACCAAGCUCACAAUUAGGAAGCACAGAAUUUUGCACAUAGUCAUUUCAUCAUUAACAUGAAAGAUAGUUUAACACAGAACUAUUUCAUAGUACCGUAUUUGUUUGCUUUUCCAUAAAUAUCUUGUGCCCAAAAAAUUAAGAACCUGUUUAAGUAGGAUGUAGGUUGUAGGAUGUAGUAUGCCUAUUCUAAAUUCACAUGUUCAUUCGAAAAACUGUAUAUGUAAAGAGUCCUGUUUUGACCCUUACAAUAUGCUCUAGAGAGGUUACGUGUGUUUGUAACUCUUUGGAUUAGUAUAUUGAAAACGUAAAGUAACUGGAUUCAUGUAAAUAUUUUUAAUUGUCAAAUCGGCGAAUUGUCCUGUUACUAUUACAGAUUAUUUUUCAUUUAGUACAUAGUCCUGAUAUAUAAAAUUGUAAACAAAUAAAUAGUCCAUAAGUCCUACUGAUCGUAAAUACUUGCUUCAUAUACAUUCUAAUAUUUACCUAACCAAAAUGUGCCAAUGUUUAUAAGGGUUUACGAUGACCGAUUAUUUAGGGGAAGUUAUGAAUAGUAUAAUUAAGUAAACGAUAUUGUAUUUAUUUAAUGUCUAAAAGAAAUAUAGUCUUGUGAUGUACAUAUUUUAUUCGAUGAAUAUAGAAUUAAGUUUGUAAUAAAUCACUAUUACUGUG